ACCAUUAAGCGGAGCUGACCAAAAUCCCAAACAAGGAAAUGGUGGGGUAAUAAAACGAACGGAUCAUUUAAUUAAUGCAUGUAAUAAUUAAUAUUUUAUUUUAUUGUAAAUUAAGAAAUAUUUAUGGGUUAAAAUGGACUACGACUUCAAAACGAAGCUCGCCGCCGAGAGGGAGAGAGUGGAGGAUCUGUUUGAAUAUGAAGGUUGUAAAGUGGGUCGCGGCACAUACGGGCAUGUUUAUAAAGCGAAGCGUAAAGACGGGAGAGAUGAGAGGGAGUACGCCCUGAAACAGAUAGAAGGCACUGGGAUCUCCAUGUCUGCCUGCAGGGAAAUCGCUUUACUAAGAGAACUGAAGCAUCCGAAUGUCAUCGCCUUGCAAAAAGUAUUUUUGUCUCACAGCGACCGCAAAGUUUGGCUUCUGUUCGACUAUGCCGAGCAUGAUCUAUGGCACAUCAUAAAGUUUCAUCGGGCGUCGAAGGCCAACAAGAAGCCCAUGCAGCUGCUGCGGGGAAUGGUGAAGUCAUUACUCUACCAGAUCUUAGACGGGAUCCAUUACCUGCAUGCCAACUGGGUUCUGCACAGAGACCUGAAACCUGCCAAUAUCUUGGUGAUGGGUGAGGGUCGAGAGCGAGGGAGGGUCAAAAUCGCUGAUAUGGGUUUUGCGCGGCUGUUUAAUUCCCCAUUAAAGCCGUUGGCUGAUCUGGACCCGGUGGUCGUGACGUUCUGGUAUCGAGCUCCUGAGCUUCUGCUCGGGGCGAGACACUACACCAAAGCAAUCGAUAUUUGGGCAAUAGGCUGCAUCUUUGCUGAGCUGUUGACGUCAGAACCGAUCUUCCAUUGCCGACAAGAAGACAUAAAGACCAGCAAUCCUUUCCAUCACGACCAGUUAGAUCGCAUCUUCAGUGUCAUGGGCUUCCCAGCAGAUAAAGACUGGGAGGACAUCCGGAAAAUGCCAGAGUAUCCAACGCUCCAGAAAGACUUCAGACGAACCACAUAUGCCAACAGCAGUCUCAUCAAAUACAUGGAGAAACACAAAGUCAAACCCGACAGCAAAGUCUUUCUCCUGCUUCAGAAGCUGCUCACCAUGGACCCCACCAAAAGAAUCACAUCAGAACAGGCGCUGCAGGACCCCUAUUUCCUCGAGGACCCCUUACCCACAUCUGAUGUCUUUGCAGGAUGUCAGAUUCCCUAUCCCAAACGAGAGUUUCUCAAUGAAGAUGAGCCUGAGGAGAAAACUGAGAAGACACAGCAGCACCAGCAGACGGCUGCGCAGACGCAGACGCAAACACAGACGCAACAGGCUCCAUCCCAGCAGACUUCAGCGCAGACAAACGGCACGGCAGGCACCAACACGGGUGCGUCCAUACAACACGGACAAGACCAGGGGCCACCCAACAAAAAGCCCCGCACCUCAGGAACCAGUGUUCUUCAGACAGAAUACCAGCACUCUGGCUCAAGGCUCAGUUACCAGAGCAACGUGCAAGGCUCCACCCAGUCGCAAAGCACUAUGGGAUACUCUUCGUCAUCUCAACACCAGUCGCACCGAUACUGAGACUCGGAAACACAACGCAUACAACCAGCCAAGUGGAUAUUGAACUGGAAUGCUUUCAUGUCUUUUGUCCAGAAAAAUCCACCCUCAGAAAUACAAAACAACGGUUUAUCCCCCCCAUAACACACCUGGUGUUCCCACAAUCCUCUACAGAUGCCCCGUUCAACUGAAGCACAAGGGCAGAACCCUUCAGCACUCGAUUGAAGUUUCAGAGACACAAUAGUCCUUUUCCUAGAACUAGAAAACGAUCAAGUUUAAUUUCAUCACUCUUAGACCACAUGUUAGUGGGUCCGACAGAAUCAGUUACCAAAAUGCUUUACGGCCAGAGUUACAGGAGGAGGCAAGAGACCCGUGACAAUGGAUCACUAAAGGUGACGUCUCUCUAGAUAGAUUUGAUAUAAUAUCCAUAACUAUGUGUUUCGUAGAAAGGAUAUCUUAUUCGAAAAAGAAGCGAAAACACGACAUCUUCACCGUAGUGCUUCAAAAGGGAGGGGUGGAGUGAGCCAUUGGUUGCAAUUCGGAACCUCACCACUAGAUGCCGCUAAAUGUCAUACAGCGGACAUUUAAGCUCUUGUUGUGUGGGUCUAGUGUGACGUCAUCCUAAUGCAUCUUUAUUCACUGUAAACCUCUUUCCUCACCAGUGGUGAUGGUUCGUGAUGGUUUAUCGUAAGCUUCUUUCAGACGCCCCCCCCACAUCUGAGACAUCUGCAGUAUAUAAGCAAAUGUACAUAAGAAGCCUAUUAUUUCUCUCGUCCAGUGAAAUGAGCUGCCUGCAUGUAGGGAGCGUCCACGGGACACUUGAUCGUGUUAGAUAAUGUGUGUAUAUUAUAAAGACUGAAGAACAAAGAGCACUUAUCAUGAGACCGUGUGAACGGAGCCGACCUCCACACAGUUUCUACACUUUUCUCCUUCUGAUGUCUAACAGAUGUGUUGUUUUAUAUAUAUAUAUACAGAUUUUACAGAUUUGAAGUAGAUGAGUGGAAAGCCUGUGGGUUCUCGUCGAGCCUGUUUGGUUACGAUAACAAUUAAUAACUAAAUAAUUAUUUAUAUGAAGGGGGUCAUUCUGCAAAACGGGUGCCGUGCAUGUCUCAUAUAUACACAUAUGGAAAAAUAAUUUUAACAAAAAAUAUAUCUUGUGCCAGCUUUACUAUGUUCAUAUAGAACUAAAAUUACUUUUUUAUGUUUUUUUCCUUUUGAUAUCUUCAUCCAGUGUUUCUCACUUUUCUAUUUUACCAAAUAUUUUGGUAAAAAUAUUUAUGUAUAUAUGGAGAUAAAAGCUAGCAUGUUGUUUUUCAUCUCUCUCUCUAUAUAUAUAUAUAUAUAAAUGCACUCUAUUGAUAUUUAUUAUAAAAUAGAAAUGAAGUGGUGCCCAAUGAUGAUGCAUCAAGCGUCUUACUAUUAUAUUUUUUAAAGGAAUAAAUGUAAAAACUUGGCAAUAUAAGUCUUCUCUUUUCAAUCACGAAUACGUUAUGUUUUAAGAGUUUAUUUAUGUAAAAAAAGUCAACCCGUUUAACAAUUGUUUUUUAUAGUAAACAAUUGAGAUUUUAAAACCAAUUUUUCUAGAAAUAGCAGCAUAACAUUUUUAAAGGCGUCAUUAUAUCCCAACAUAGAGAUUAUAACAGAGAAAUGAAACUUUUUCAGGCACCCGUUUCAUAGAAUUACCUGACAGAACAAUGACAUUUUACUCUUUCACUUCCUCCAGAAGAAUGCUUUAGGAUUUUGGUCAUGACAAAAGCCGUAAAUCUGUGUGUGCACAUGUGUGUGUGUGUGUGUGUGCGCGCGCAUGUUUGUGUGUGUGUGUUGUUACUCGGGGCAGCUAGCAGUUGAACUGCUUGUGUGACUGUUACCUCUUCUUCUCUCCUCUGUUUCUUCAGUGUUUUAUAUGAUUGUCUUUUAUAAUCUGUGUAUUAUUGGUUUUGAAGUCCAGUUUUCUCUUGUUGUCAAUCAAAGUCUAACUGACUCGCUCCUCGGAUGUUAAAUCGGACAUUAUCAGGUUCAGCCGUGGAUCUUUGUGGAUGCUUUGUGUGCGUGUGUCCUGUUUGCUCAACGUACAGACGACAUGAUCUUUUUCUAAUGACUCGUGUGUAAUGAUGUGACCUAUCAACAGAUCUCAUCUCUUCUGCCUUUGUUUUCCCGCACUGUGCUUUGGAUUUGGUAAAAGCAAUCAAACCUUCCUUUUUUCUAGUGUUUGUCCAUUUUGUGGAUGUGUUGGAAUCAGAGGUUGUUUUGAGUUUCCUCGCAUGUCAAAGUGAGGUGAUACAUAAUCAGUGCAUGAGCUCUGAGUCUGAGAAUAAAACAUAUUUGGUUUUUUCUUUUCAUUUAAAAUCGGGAAUGAUUGUUUUAUAAAAAUGUAGACAAAAAACAAAUGUAAGAAGACGAAACAUUUAAGAUUCAGCUUUUUCUCCAAUUUGCAUAAAUGAUCAUUUUAACUCAGAAGCUCAAAUUGUCUUUGUAAAUUGUCAGCAUUCGCAAAGGUUGAGGCCUUAAAGAAAAAAGUUACACAUGUGAAAUACUGCACUGUUUUUUAUCUGCCUUCAUUUUUUAAGAACUCACCACUGGCCAAAAGUUGAAAUAAUAUAUUUUAAUGACUUGUAAAGCCAAUUCGAGACGGCAAACAUGAAGAGUUUAUUUGCAAUUUCUUUUUUAAUUUUUCAAAAUUCAUGUUAUUUAUUAUUGUCAUGUUUUUAUUGUGUUUGUUAGCUGUAAUUUUUAAAUUAUGACUAUUUACUCAAAACAGCCUAACAGUAUAAUCUAUUUGAAGAGUUUGGUUCCAAAAUGAGAUAACUCUGUUUUUCAAUAUGUUCAAAAAUCAUCUUUAUUAUUAUGUUAUCAUGUUAUGAGUUAUUAUGGCUUAAAUCAAAACAAACCAACUGCACUAUGGUUGAUAUUAAUUGAAAUGCAUAAUAAGAAAACACGAAUAUUGAUUUUUUUAUAAAAAUUCUCUUGGAAUUGAAUGAACAGUGUAAGAAUUUAUAUUUUAAUUUCAUUCUUUUUCUUAUGCAGCAUUUUACUCUGAUUGUAUAUUUGAAAUGCAAAACUAUUUCACCGUGAGAAUUUUGGACAGAUUUAUGUUAUGUGUGGGGUGAAGGGUUUCGAGAAACCUCUUCUAAAAUGAUAAGGAAUACCUGAAUCCCACAUUUUUUUUAAUAAUUUUUUUAAUGAGAGAAAACAAAGUGUUAUGCAUGUCAUAGUUCCUUACAUUUCAAACAGAACUGCAAAUAACAGAAUAAAUAACAAGUGUGUUGUUUUGUUUUUGUAGACACAUUUCAUUAACCUAUUUAUAACCUUGAAACCCAAAGCAUCAAAUGUUGAGUGCAUGAAGUUAUCAUGACAACUAAAUACAUCUCUAGAUUUAAAUUUAAAAUAUAGACAAAAUCUUUUUCUCUCUGCAUGAAUCACAAGCUGUACCACAUGUGAUAUUUAAUAUUAAAAUAUUGACACUUUGUUUUGAAUUGUUGGUCUAUCUGAAGAAAGCGAGACAUCUGGGGACAUCUGGUCACCCUUUAUUUUGCUCUGUAUGAUUUGGGACAGGAACAUCAUAGACACCUGCUAUGCAAAACAUCUAAAGGGAGCUCAGAUCAAAAACGUGUUUUUUCCACGUUGAUUUCAAUCUGCACUGUCAAGUGUAGUCUUUAAAUGAGGUAUUCAUGGAUAGUGUAUUGUGUUUUUCUUUUCAAAUGAUGAUAGACUGUCAAAUAUUUAUAAUUAACUCUGUACGAUCUGAUUUAUUAAUCGUAAACUUUUACUCUGGUUUGUAUCUCUCUGUAUAGAUGUUUGAAGCAUAUCUGACCUUUAUUUGUCAAAUAAGCUGAACAGCAUUGAAACGGGAUAGUUCAGCCACAUAUAAUGAAAUAUCUUUUAUCAUUUACUUAACUAUUUGGAAGAACCGAACAACUUUGGACUCCAUUGAUAUCCACUGUAUGAACACAAAAUCAGAAUUUUUUUAUUUUUGGUUGUACCAUCCCUUUAAAGUCAUCUUAAUCUUUGAUGUGUUUCUUUCUGCUGUCAGACACAUGUAGUUGUUGUAGAACUCCAUUACCCAGAAAUCCUGCUGUGUGGAAUUUGGCAUGUAAAGUUUCACAUUGAGAGCAAGGCAUUAUGUGAAAAUUGUGGUCGAGAAAUUUGUGUAGCAUGACGUUUAGAUUAGAUCAGUGGCUCUCAACUGGUGUUAUGUCAGGAAUCAGAUUGUAUAUUGAACACUGAAAUAAUAACACAAUGCAACUACCAAAAAAUAAACAUUUCAGUUCAAUAACGCCCUAAAAAUACAGCAUUAUUGUUUUUUUAUAAGGUUUUUUCAAUGGUGUGAAGAACAAAACAUGUGAUUUUUGUGUUAAUCCUUUCUCUUGUUUAAUGUCCAAUUUAACUUUGUGUUUUAUUCGAGUUUCACAAGUCUGUGCUAUUAUUUGUUGAUUUAUUUUUAUUUUGUAUGUAUGCAUAUAUUAUUUUUGCAGUCUUAACUAUGCAUCGUAUUUCUUUUAUUGAAGUGAUUUGAUGGACCGGUUGAAGCCACUGGUGUAGAGAUUUGGCCCAAACAUCUGCUUAGAUGAUUAUUUGCACUUUCUGUCCAAUUUUUAAGAAAGCCUGUAAUUGAGUGUAAUUUUUGCAGAUCUCUUACAGUUUUGAUGUACAUUAUCAAGAUAAAUCUUUCACUUUCUCUCUGUUACCUUUUUUAUUAUGAAACAUCUCAGAUUAUAGACUCUUUUUUGUUUCGAGUAUUAAAGGUGUUAUUUUUAAUGCGGAUUUGUGAAUUGAUUUAUGGAAUACAGAAGACUGAAAUCGAUGUGAUGCUGAUCUGAAGGAGGUACAUGUAUAUGGUCCUAUUCGUUUUUCUUUCCCUUAAAGUGACAGUGCUCUUUAAAAGAAAUUUCAAUAAAUGUGUACUGCAUUUUAAAACUAUUGCAGUAUUCUUACUGAAUUAAAGAGCUGGUGGGUAA